UGUCCACUUCGUUAUGAAACUCGACAUCAUUCCCAGGAUUCUACUCGCUCCUUCCUCCUCUGUGGAGGGGUUGCUAAAAGAAAUUCACAAUUUCAAGAACCCGCAUCACAAACCCAUUUUAGAAGACUUGAUUCCUUCUUUUGUGAAUGUGAGGAAGAACGCAUCAUGCGUUGCAAACCAUGAAGCUUGUGCACUAAUGGGAAGCAAACAUACGUUGUUUGACACCAUGUCUAGAUUCAUCAAGCUAAGCCCUUACAGACCGUGUGGGAAGUAUGUCUUUUGCACCGAGACCCACGUGUUGGUGGUUGUGGAAAACCCGGAUGCUGUUCUUCAACUGUUGUUUUACUCUUUACACAUCAAGUCUGAUGCAGAGCUUAAGAAGAUAGCAGAGGAAAGCUUAAAGGCAUGUUGGAGAUAUAAAGAUGCAUUAGAUAAAAGCUUGGCUCAGCCCUCUGUAGUUUCGUUGGACCUUCAAGAAUUACCUCUCAGCUCAAAUGAUGACACACUAAACGACCUUAACCUGGGCACAUCGGCAAGGCUGUGCCUCCGUGCUGCUGGAGAGUCGGAGAAGAAGAAACUGGAUAACAUGCAAAAAAUAAAAGACAAGAUGGGUACCAAAAAUAAAGCCCUAGAUGCAUUAGAAAUUUACAGCAAGGGAGGAUAUUACGAUGCUUUCAAAUUGCAAAAGGAGGAGGAAGACUUCAGGGUUAACGUAAAGAGACUUGAACUGGCAGAUAUUUGGGACGAGAUUAUUGAAAUGCUAAGACAAGAGGAGCUCCCAGAUAUAUUUGAGGCAGCAGAAGAAUGGGAGGCUCUCGGCACGAGGUUUCGCAGACUUGUGGAGCCAAUAGACAUAGCCAACUUCUAUCGACACUCUAAAGAUGAUGUGUCAGGUCCUUACAUGGACCAAGGAAGGCCAAGUCGGUACAAAUAUACUCAAGGAUGGCGAGAACACGCUAAGCGGUUGCCGAAAGGUUCAUGUGGUGAAUCCUGCUUCUGGGCUGAGGUGGAAGAGUUCAACCUUGCGUCUGCUAGUGAAAAACGGCAGAAAGCUUUGAAGUUGAAGGAGAAACUGAAACAGUGGCACGAGAAAGGGGAGAUUAGGGAGGAUGCCUCCACGAAGGACACUAAACUUGUAAAAUGGCUCCUUGGCAAUGACGAAGCGGAGUGCCCCAUCGAAAGUGUAAUAGAGAGCUAAAGGAGGUUUUGCCUGAAAAACCGGGCCCAGCAACUGGCUGGCAUCGUUCAAAGAGGAUUGUUACGCUUUGCUGUUGCUUUUCUCUAUAAAAUUAGUGUUAU